AUGAAUGGGCAACCUCGCGAGAAGGGACGCACCCUUGGAAUUGCGCGUGGAGAAAGACUCUUCCACAGACGCGGAAUAGACCCUGACAACGAAGUGAAAGGCCCCAAGCUACUUCUCCUUCACAUUGGUCUCUGCCCCUGCACCUUCCUGGUUGGCUUGGACUUCAAAUUGAUCGCAACGGCGAUUCCAGUCAUUACUUCGGACUUCCAUUCAAUCGGAGAUCUGGGUUGGUAUGGGAGCGCGUUCCUUAUUUCACUAUGUUCCAGCCAGCCCGUUGCCGGCAAAACCUACAGCUUGUUCUCCAAAAAGGUUGCCUACUUGAGCUAUGUUGCCCUGUUCGAGGUCGGGAGUUUUGUUUGUGCCCUUGCUCCAUCAUCCCCAGUCCUCAUAGUGGGAAGGGCUACUGCUGGUCUAGGAGCUUCCGGGAUCUUCGCUGGUGGAUUGGUUAUCUUGACUACCGUGAUCCCGCUUCACAAGCGAGCAGUCUGGACUGGAACCCUAAACUCGACUUUUGCCAUUGCAAGCAUUGUCGGGCCCAUUCUCGGAGGAGCACUUACCCAACAUGUUACAUGGCGAUGGUGUUUCUACAUCAAUCUCCCUAUCGCCGGAUUCUCCGCCGUCGUUAUACUGUUAUUUUCCACUUUGGAUGUCGUUGGCUUCUUGCUCUUUGCUGGCUCUGUUAGCAUGCUGCUAAUAGCACUACAAUUUGGUGGACUCAGUCAGAGGUACUCCUGCCAAUCGGCAAAUAUAAUUGGAUUGUUCGCAGGUGCUGGGGUAGUGACGUGCAUAUGUGUCGGAUGGACAAUUUCAUAUGCAGGAAGCAGCUUUGAUUCCUGCCGACUGUUCACCUCUAGCAGAAAUAUAUCCCUUAUCUGUGCUUCUGCCUUCUUCGCAAAUGGAGCGUUUCAAUGUAUCAUAUACUGGCUUCCCAUCCGUGGUGUCAAGUAUUUGCCCACCGUCAUAUCGGACGUCCUCACCUCCUUAAUCGCGGCGGGUCUGGUGAACAAACUGGGACGGUGGAACCCCUUUCUUACUUUCGCCACCGCAAUGGUUUUCCUUGGUGGUGGGCUUUUGACGACUCUGCAUCCUUCGACAUCCGAUGGUCAUUGGAUAGGAUUCCAGAUUGUAGCCAACAUAGGAGUUCGGGCAUCUGUUCCCCAAGACCUUGUGCCUGUGGGUGCGAUCACCCUUCUCUUCGUCAAUUCCGGAAGCUGUGCCAUAUUCCUGGCUAUUGGUGAAGCGGUCUUCCAAACCCAGCUCAAGAAUAAACUUGCCGAUAUCGCUUCUGCGAUGGUCGCCAAUGAAGUGAUAUCCGCGGGGGCUUCAGGAUGGCGCUCUUUCGUACCCUCUACGGAGACCCUAGUGGUCAUUUCUGUGUACAGUAGUGCUGUGACGCGAGUAUUCUAUUUAACAACAGCGGCACCAGUCCUGUCCUUUCUAUUAGUUACUUGCACGAGGUGGACAUCGACAAAGGAUCAGAGAGCGAAGGAAGAAAACUUAGCAGAAGAGAGCGCUUAG